CGUUUUCUGACCAACAGAAUUCUGUAAAAUCUCUCCCCAAAGUCCAGGAAAUGGCAUUUCAGAGAGUCUAGAUUCAAAAAUUUUCCGGAUGAGCAUGCACUGGACCCCCUAGAAAACCUGUGCAUAUACGGCGCUCAACUCGUGACUUUAGCACUUCUACUAGGGGGGCCUUCGAAAAUUUUGAACCGGGGGCCCCCUGAUAUAACGUUACGCCACUGCUCUCAAUCCUCUACUCAAAGGUCUUAAAAUAAUUGAGGAGAAAGUGAUACCUUUACAUUGACAUUAGUGAAAAUUAUUAGACCUUCGCUUCUUCUCGGAUAAGGACGUUAGAAUCGUAGGUAUGUACGUCGGAUCCCCUAUCAGUUGGUAAUAGCCUGUUGGUAAAUCCGCUCACCAAUGACAGUGAGAAACUCAGCGAAGUACACGAAAGUACUCUAAGCGUUAUGGCAUGGGGAUUAAUUUAAGGAUAUCAUCAAAAGUAUCAUCAUUGCUUUCAACAUCGCUUGAUUUAUGUUACACUGUAAACGGUAAUUAAAGAUAUCUGGUUCCUGUCUCGUACAAAAUUGAGACUCAAGCUCAUGUACUUAAUCUCCAAAGUGAAGUACAUAACGUUGCCCACAGGUAUUCAUUCAGAAACCUGAAACUAUGAGUUUAAUAGAACAAUUAAGAGCACAAUUGCAUGUUCAAAUACAACAAUUGACUCCAUUAUUUCCCAGUCCUAUCACUCCAAUUCUGUUUCAUGCCAAGAUUUGUCAGACUUAAUUACGAUUUUGAAUACCUUGGGCAGGAAAGGUCAUAUGGCACGAGCAAAAAGCGAGACUUCUGCGUACCCGGUGGUAAUAUUGGCGCACUUAUGAUGCCACAUUUUCCUGGUCUCGUUCCAGGAUCUUUUCUUCCGCGAAAAUGCUUCUACGCUUGCCUUUCUGUGUUGUCAAAAACAUCGCACUCUGCAGAGUCUGCAUCGCAUCCUGUAAUUUCCAUUCCUUCUUUAAUAAUGUAUAAAAUCCUUUAUAGACAUCGUCAUCAACCAGACCAUUCGUGUCCUAAAUAUGAAGAAUACAAAAAUUCCGCAAAUGAAGCCAGUAAGCAAAAAGGUAAGAUGGAUUACGUUGUGAUUUCAUCCACAUGCUUGUUUGCAAUAAGAAAGAAAUCCCUUAUUUACCCUUUAUUUUUUAAUAGUACAAAUUGAAAAGAAGGAAAAGACUGGUAUGUACCUUUGGGAUAUACAGUUUUUAACACGAGAAGAUAAAAGUCAUAUCUUCAAGCCACCGUGUAAUGUUCUGAUUAUUAUAUAGUCCAGAGCAAAAAAUGUGAAAUUUCACGUUCAAAAGAAAAUUGGAAAAAGUCACGUGAUCGAUAUUUCCACCAGUGAUAUCACUAGCUGUAUAUUUUUCAGUAUCUCACUCUCUACUAUAUAUAAUAAACGUGUAUAAUACUUUAUAUAUACAUUAGAAAUUAUGGAUAGAUAUAUUGUAUAUUACAAAGAAGAGCAAGUUGCCAAAUGGAGAUUUACAGUAAGAAGUUCAUUUCGAAGAAGUUCGUAGCUAAUUGAACAAUUGAUCUAAUAUUACAAUCCAAAGUGUUGUGAUCUUUACAACCCUGGCACAGCAGUUUCUGCUUUUCCCAAUACACCCUUUCGAUAAUUACGUCAUUUGGCCUGGGAGCCCCGCUCUCAUGAAUCGUAUUUACGGAUGAGAGCGAGGCUCCACGACCAAAAAGUAUGUGCGACGUAAUUAUCGAAAGGAUGUGUAUUUGUCUAAGUUUGCUAUAAGGGUAUAGAAGAUAUAGUCUCUGCGUAUACUGUUAUACAAAUGGUUAGUUCAUCAUCAACGUACCAGUUCAUACCAUGAAAUUUUCAUGAUUUCUUGCAGUUUUAAGAGGUCGUGGUAGGGUACAUCUUUACCAAUUACGUUUUGGUGGCGGAACUUCUUUUUUUAUUCUACAAAGUAAUGUAAAUUUGUGGCGACUACCUUGUGUGUGUGUAUUUCUUCUCCAGGUCGUGGUGGUGCAAGAUCUAGUAGUCGUGCUGCGAAAGUCGCUCUGAUGAAGAUGAAAUUGCACGCCGUUGGCGACGCAUCUACACCACAGGUAGAUCACCAGUGUUUGUCAAUAUCACAGUCGGUCACCCAUUUUCCAAGCAAAACACUAUUAUGCAUGUAGUCUACUAACUGCUCUGCACUGACAUUUGCCACAUUGCCAUUAAUUUGAAUAAUUUUUCCUUCACUCUCUUAAACCAAAACACAAUCUCUUCCUAAUUUAGUACUGAAUACUUUAUAGUCAGCAUAUUCAUUUAACAAUUAUGUUACUGCUUUGAAAGGAGGAACGUGUUUAUUUUUCAAUAAUUCUACCGGAUGAGUCAACAGAAAAAUCAAAACCAAUGUUCUUUUCAAAGGUACUUGUGCAUUAAACAUAAGGUGGUGACGAAGUGUUUUCAUUUUGUUUUAAUUAGAUAUAGAAUUGUAGAAACAUCCUAGCACUGUCAUUCUCUGCCUUGUGUUUCUAGAAAUGGAGUAUUGGACGAAUUAUCGAUCAAAUCUCUAAAAUGUGUAAACUAAGGAACGAAAACAACCGACAAUUAUCCACGGUAUUACAGUUUUUAUACUAUUUUUAUGGCAUGUUAUAGUAUACAAUUUAUGAAUGUUUAUUAGUGCAAUGGUAAAAAUAUUUUCAUGAGGUGAAAGGCCGAGUGAAAAUAUUUUUACUAUUACACCAAAGUAAAUCAAUGUCAAUGAUAUCGAUUUGUUUAUUGAAUGAAAUACCUGAGCUACAUGUACAUAAUGUUCAAAAUUAUUGAUAGAAAUCGAACGCGAAAUUGCACGCUCAGCAAAUUGGUAAUUUUUAUCCCAUAUCACGUGAUCAUAAUCAGCCAAUUAAAUGAUCGAUAUAUUUGAUCGAUAUAUUAGAAGUAUGUAAAUGUUUUCGCAAAAACCCAGCAGUGUUAUCAUAGCUUCGACAAGGCAACUACAAUCAAGUGCAAAAAUAAGGCUUUUUAUAUUUUCAUCCUCUGUUCUAAGUUCUUGCCUCCACUCCCCCCCCCUCCCCUUCCCCCGUAGACCGAUGUUGAGCAAAAAAUUGAGCUGACCUUCCGCGUUAAGGGGGGAGAGGGGGGGGGGGUAUUGUCUCAAUAAUUUUUGCAAGUGAUUUUAGGUUGACUAUGCUAAUGAAUCGCACUCACUUCCCACUCACUUCCUAUAUAUUCCAUGUUUGAAAUUAAAGUUUCAUCUAUUACAUGGAAAAGAUACGUACCAUUCAAACACGAUUUUGUAGUCUAAUAUUUUACCAAAAUUGAGGAAAUUUUGCAGUAAAAUAUUUUACCAAAUCUGGUCACCGACAUUUUCAUGACUUUCAACUGUGCUGUACACUGAUUUCUCUUUUUUAUGUAGAAACUCAGGUUGUUCGAAAAGUUUCCGAGAAGGCAAUUGACAAUAGGUAAAUCUUUAGAAACAGAAAUGAACGAGAAUUCAGAAACGCUUUUCAGUGGUUCAGAAUUAAUUUUAGAGUAUGUAGAAACCGAUAUGUAAAUAUCACAGUAAUGUCACAAGAAAUGUAGAAACCGAUAUGUAAAUAUCACACACACACUUUUUAGAGAACUCGUCGGUAAAACGAAAAUUAUACGUAGGAAAAAAUUAAACUUGUCAGUAAAUACACCCUUUCGAUAAUUACGUCAAAUGGUCUGGGAGCCUCGCUCUUAUAUGAGUCGUGAGCCAAUCACCUUGCGUAAUUUACUGUUGAGAGCGAGGCUCCAGGACCAAAAGGUAUGUCUGACGUAAUUAUCGAAAGGGUGUAUUGAUUAGAAAUGGUUGAUGUUGGAAAGCACUUGGUGUUCCAAAACACCCCAAGACAAAAAUAACGUCGAUGAUAAUUUCGCCACUGGAACACCCCCUCUCGGAAUGGUAAAUGAAAAGACAAAUAAUGAUCAACAGACGUAUAUAGACCGAUUUUCUCAAUAUAUAAAGGUGUUAAAAUCAUAACUUCUGACAUUCGCACUCUCGCUCGUUUCACAUGCAGAGCAAAAGUGCCAUCAUGUUGUAAACGAUAAUAAACAAUUAUUGAAUGAAGUUGAGUUUUGUGAGCCGUGUGUUUAGUCAAUAAUUUAUUAACUGUAAUUUUUAAUAAAAGCUAUACAGUAGUUAUAGUAUAUAAUAAAGAUAACAACCGCUCUAUCACUUGGUACAACAAUUUUUUAGAUUUACUGUAACUAAAUAUCGACACAAAAUUCGCUAUACUAUACAUUAUUAUUCAUCAAAUUAUCUAACUACGAAACAUAUACAAUCACGUAAUUCUGUAAUGCAAUUUCGCAAACAUUAAAAACAUCAACAAGGGGAGAUUUCAUUCCCCGAAAUUUUACCCAAAUUAUCAAAGUGUUCUGUAAUCGAAUGUGUUUUAUAUAUCGUUGGUUAAACCCUGCCUGCUUUGGCGACGGCAUUAGGGUCUUAGCUAGACCGUACUUGCUAUGUUCGUUCGGAUAGAUAUUUCAAGGUGCGAUAAUGCAAGAUAUGUCGUGGCACUGGUACUCCAAUAAUUAUCGUAUACCUGAGCUGGUACAAACUUAACUUAAGACUCAAGGUUCUGAAAGGUAUGAACAAAUUUGGCUAUAAGGUUGUUUACAUCGUUGCUGCCCAAUUCAGAACUUUGGUUUGGAUAGCUUGCAUGCCUAGUUAGUGUUCUGGUUUACAGACGCGAAGAACAGAACAAAGGUAACUAAGCAUCAGAAUUAUGUAUAGAGUUAGAGAGUUUGCACAUGACGUCACAACCGCCAUGUUGGUGUUCCUAUUCAAAAGAAUUGUAAUUAGACUCUUUUGUCUGGAACACCAACAUAGCCGCCAUGGCCUUUGUUGAGUUGGUCCCUGAGAAAUGAGUGCAAACGCUCUAUUCCCUCAAUGUAGAACAUUCUAAAGCUUAGUUGCCUUUGUUCUAUUGUGCCUCGGUAGACUAGAACAACAGUGCACCUUACAUGGUACUUGGCUGGAAAAAAAAGAGAAGUACCAGAGUGUAAUAUAUAUUGGCAUACCUCCGGCACAUAAGUAUGCGAUUUAUCCGCACCUUGCAUCUGUCUUUGUUUCAACAAAAACAAACUAUCCAGACAAACUAGCUAGAAUAACACGAUCUAUACUGGCUAGAAUCCUGAAACAGAUGCACCACUUUAGACUGCUGUGGACGAAUUCUUGGCGCAAGUUCGUUCGUACAAAUCAUCUUCCAGUAUAGAUCGUGCCAGUUGCAUUUUUCUUGAUAUAUACAAUCAUACUGGCUGUAAACAGACUUUUAGCCAGAGUGUUAAAACAAGACGUCCAAAAAACACAGCGGGUGUGACAAUCUAAUUCACUCAUAAUCCAGUGUCUUUUCGACAAAAAAGGAUCGAAAAUUCGAAAUGUAUGCAAUAUAGAUAAAGUUAACAGCAGCCGACAACUUCUGAGGUAUUCAAGAAAUAUCACAGAUUUUGCGAGUUGCUGUGUUUAAAGAAAACCUUUUUUAGGCCAUCUGUUAGAAUGGGGCGACAUAUGACGUUUGGGCGACCACCUGGCUAAAUGCUUAGCUGUAAACCAGGCAGUCCCGUAGACAUUGUGUUGUGUACAGACAUAUUAAAUGUAACUAAAUACAAAUCUCUAAAACUAUACUUUCUACAUUAUACAUUACAUGUGCGUAAAUAUUGGUGAUUUCUUGACCAGCAAUGUAUAUAAAGAUGCUUAAUAGAUCAGGUACUACCUUGACAAAUUUGUUUUUCAUCUUAACAGUUCAACUUUCUACACUGAUUCCUGUGUAUUGUAACAGGCCUUCGUUCACGUCCUUGUUUAAUAAUGUUGCCCAACAAGCCAGACAAGACUAUUCAACAAUUCCAUAAAAAUUAACGUGGUACUAUAUUUAAUUAUUAUUGUAUGGAAAAAAUUCUCUAUUCUUGAGCAAAACCUUCGGUCUCUUCAAUGGCAAAAGUUAGUUUUUCUACCAGCUGUUCGUAGCUCUUGUACGGAGGCAAAUCGAGACGGUUAAAGCUAUGAAAAGCGAAAUAUAAAAUUGAUGAAUGCUUACAAGAU